AUGCCGGUGGCUGGCCAGCAGCAACGGUAUGCAUCCAACUUGGGCCCUCGUCGCACCAAGUACCGCAAAGCACAUAAGGGCCGUGUGUCGUUCCCUACCGGUGGCUCUGUGAAGGGCACCACUAUUUCGCAGGGUAUCUACGGUAUCCGGACGCUGGAGCCGUGCCGUCUGUCUGCGACGCAGCUCACUGCAGCCGAGACGGCGCUGAAGCGCAAGCUCAAGGUCGUGCGUGGCUCGCAGGUGUUCAUGCGCGUAUUCCCUGACGUUCCCGUGUGUGUCAAGGGUAACGAGACCCGUAUGGGUAAGGGUAAGGGUUCCUUUGAGUUCUGGGCAUGCCGUGUUCCUGUUGGCCGCGUACUCUUUGAGAUUGGAGGCCACGUCGAGGUCCGUCAGGAGGUGGCCAAGGAGGCGCUCCGCCUUGCUGCGGCCAAGCUCCCCAUCAAAACCGAAUUUGUGACUGCGUCCACGCCUCCUCGUCUGGGACGUGAGGUCGACGCGGCUCUGGCCAAUAACGUGGCUAUUCCCGAGGAUAGCCAGCCGUAG